CAAUUUGCCAUUCGCACAAAACGAACUUUUGAAAAUCACUUGAGUUUAGCGUAAACACAAGCUCCUAGAAAAACAACAGCUGGAACUAAUUCGAAUACCGUGGCUAAAUAAAUAUCGCCAAAAUGCCGAAGGCCGGUGACAAGGCGAAGGUAAAGGUCAACGUCAAGGAGCGUGUGGUGGACGAGUCCUGCGACUUAAGCCUGUCCGAAUUGAGCGAAAUACCGGUGCGGGAAAUUGCUUCGUUCAAGCGCGUCACUGUUUUGGAUCUGUCCAGCAAUCGUCUGGUUAACCUGGGAAAAAACUUCUCAAUUCUGACACGUUUGGUGCGAUUGGAUCUGAGCAAGAAUCAAAUCACCUUCCUGCCGGAGGACUUUGGCCAGCUGGAGCAGCUACGCCACUUGGAUCUGUACAACAACUGCUUGGAGCACUUGCCCAUUAGCUUCGGUCAGCUGCGUCGUUUGCGCUAUUUGGACUUGAAGGGGAAUCCCCUUACGCCCGCCUGGGCAAAGAUUGUGGGUUGCUGUUCCACGCAAAAGGACUGCCAGCAGGCGGCCAAGAAUACUGUCAGCAUCUGCGCCAACUACAAGCCGGAAUUGAUUGAACGCGAACGCUUGGCAGCCCAGGAAAACCAGAAAAUGGCCGGAGCGGGGGACUCCAAUACCAACUCCGCCCAAACGAAUGGCGGAGCUACCAGCGGAAAAAAGUCCAACAAGCCCAAUAACAAGAAGGCCAAAGCCAAAAAACUGGCCGGAGCGGGUGACAAUGAGUUGACAAUCAAACCAGUGAAUGCAGCAGGAUCAUCAGGAAGUGGAACAGGAUCGGGAGCCAAGUCCAAUCAGAAGAACAAUCAAAAGAAAAAGAACGCCAGUAGCAAAACCUGGCUGAGUCUGCUGUCCAGAGCCGCACUUUCUUCACUGAUGACCUUUCUCGUUCUCUUCAUCAUUAACGUAUUGAUCAUCUACAUGAUUAUGUUCAAGAACCCGGACAUCGCAGACAAGCUGGUGGAGUAUAUACCCCAUCAAUAUCGUGAUUGGAUCCUGACCAAAACGGAAAUCUUUCGCCUGCGCGUCACCGACUGGAUCUCCGAGUUCCGAACUCCGCCAGAGGAACACUGACGGUUCAUUUAUUUGAAGCCUUAGAGCGCUGGGCUUCAAAUAGAGGAAUACGCUAAAUAAAAUUCGGAUGCAUAGCGCGAGUGUGGGGCAAAAAUAAAAUUGGGAUACGUGUAGACCACCUGAACGAGUUAUACGACUGCUACUUUGAUAUACCAUUAUCUGUAAUUUACUGCCAUUUAUUUACGUAGACACUAAGCAACAACGUCCAUUGACGGGAGAUCAACAGGAAUACCACACACACACUCCGCAACUGAAGAGGCCACUUAAAAGACACCAAACUACACUCAAUCACUCAACUCAAUCGAACUCAGAUGAAAAGACAGCUAACCUAAUCAUAGCUCAAGCUCAACUCAAUAGUAACUGAAUGGCGGUUCCAAACUGGCCAAUGCAUAGAAACUACAGACACAGUCAAACCAGACACCCUUGUAAUAUCCACAACGUCUCAACAUAAAAAUAAAAUAACUUAAUCUAUAGUAAGCGUUUCCUGUGCAAUUCCCACUUUAUUUAAAGUUCAAUCUUAAAUUGUAUUCACGUUAGAUUUCAAAUCCCAUAGAUUUUAUCGCAAUACGAUUUGCAGAAUAUCAAAAUGAAAAUUAAGCGGUUUCAUAUGAUUUAUGCAAAAUCAAAAUAAUUGUAUUUUAACAAAGAUUGAUCAAGAUUUUUGGAAUAAAAUUUUACAUUUAUAAAACUCA